UGUGCAUACCGUAAUCCGUGGUGUUUCAGGGUGUCACGUAAAAAAAAAUAGCGGAUAAUCGCCCGCAUCGGGGUCCACGCCGUCGUCAAUCAGGUAGAACGAGAGCGAGGAAGCCGAGGCGCGGUGAGAACAGGAAGGAAUCUGAAUUGAGAACAGGACAUCGACCAGUGGUGAAUACUCAGUGAGGGUAAAAAAAUCCGAGGGGGGGGAUUGGUUGGUUAGGCACGAAUUUUAACCACGCGAUCCACCACGCGCCGAAAUGUCCAACGAGGAGACUUCCGCCGAUCGCAAUGUCGAGAUCUGGAAAAUCAAGAAACUCAUCAAGAGUUUGGAGAUGGCCAGAGGAAAUGGCACCAGCAUGAUUUCACUCAUCAUUCCACCUAAGGAUCAGAUAUCCAGAGUCAGUAAGAUGCUGGCUGAUGAAUUUGGUACAGCCUCCAAUAUCAAAUCACGUGUAAAUAGACUAUCCGUGCUGGGGGCCAUCACGUCGGUCCAGCAUCGACUUAAAUUGUACACCAAAGUACCCCCAAAUGGUCUCGUGAUAUACUGCGGAACAAUUGUCACCGAGGAAGGCAAGGAGAAGAAAGUCAACAUUGACUUCGAGCCAUUUAAACCCAUUAACACGUCCCUCUACCUGUGCGACAACAAGUUCCACACAGAGGCCCUCACAGCACUAUUAGCCGACGACAACAAGUUCGGAUUUAUCGUCAUGGAUGGUAAUGGUGCCCUAUUCGGUACCCUCCAGGGAAACACGAGGGAGGUGCUUCACAAAUUUACAGUUGACCUGCCCAAGAAGCACGGUAGAGGAGGUCAGUCAGCCCUUCGUUUUGCUCGGUUGCGUAUGGAAAAGAGGCACAAUUACGUUCGAAAAGUGGCUGAAGUCGCUACUCAGCUCUACAUCACCAACGAUAAGCCCAACAUUGCAGGACUUAUUCUGGCUGGUAGUGCGGACUUCAAGACUGAGCUCAGUCAGUCCGACAUGUUUGAUCCUAGAUUGCAGGCGAAAGUCAUAAAACUCGUGGACGUGUCCUACGGGGGAGAGAAUGGGUUCAAUCAGGCUAUUGAACUUGCAGCAGAGUCCUUGCAGAAUGUCAAGUUCAUUCAGGAGAAGAAGCUCAUUGGGCGUUAUUUCGAUGAAAUAUCACAAGACACUGGUAAAUACUGUUUCGGUGUCGAGGACACCCUCAGAGCAUUAGAGCUAGGUAGCGUUGAGACCCUCAUCUGUUGGGAGAAUCUCGACAUUCAACGGUACGUCCUCAAGAAUCACACGAAUGGAGAAGAGAAGGUGCUGCACCUGACUCCUGAGCAGGAGAAGGACAAGACCCAUUUCACGGACAAAGAGAGUGGCGUGGAGUUAGAAUUAGUAGAGUGUCAGCCAUUGCUGGAGUGGCUUGCGAAUAACUACAAGAGUUUUGGAGCGACCCUAGAAAUUAUUACCGACAAAUCCCAGGAAGGCUCGCAGUUCGUCAGAGGUUUUGGUGGCAUUGGAGGUAUUUUACGAUACAAAGUCGACUUUCAAAGUAUGCAGUUGGAUGAUAUCGAAAUCGAGAACUUCGAUCUGGACGAUUACUGAGAGCAAUGAGAGUUAUUGGUGAACUGAUUGGGGAAUGAACAGUCAUUGUGGCUUCAGGAUUAAUAUUAUAUUAAUUGAAAAGGCGAGAAACAUUUUAAAGCAAAUAAAUAAGAAUCUAAACAAGAGAGGAAUAAUAAAGAAACUACACCACACAUGCAUUACACGUGAGCGAAAACAUUGGGGGAGGAUUAGGUAAAUGAAUCUUUUUUGAAAAUCAAUUUCUCCUUUCAGUGAAAAUACCUUCGGUGUCUCGAGACUUUGACCAUUGAGAACGAUUCAUUCUCCCUCCCCUAAAUUAGAUAAAUUAAAAUCAAUGAUUGAUCAAAUGUCUUGUCCUCCGAGAGUGUGCAGUAUUUUUCCCCUCCAUAACAAUCGGUUAACCAUGGUACACAAUUACAAUAUGAGUAAAUUAAUAAUGAUCAUAGAACAUUACACUGAAUUUUUCCACCUAGUGUGGCCAGACGAUUGCAGGUCUAGAAGAUUUAUAAGAAAUUCUAGAGUUUUGAAUGGUAAAUCGAUACUUUUUUUUUUUUUUUUUGCUGAGCAAUU